AUGAGCACCGUUUCACCAGCUUCUCUUGAGGAAAUAUGCCUGAGCUUUAUCAGUGCUAACAUUGAAGAUUUAUGCCAUAGGGAUGUUGAAGAUGUCCAGUAUAGCGAGGUUUCUUUUCAAAAACUUAGUUUCAUUUCUCCGUUAUUUCUCCACGAACACCUGGCAGACAAUAUUAUGAGAUGUCUCUCCCGUGAUGGAAACCUGACAGAUAGGACUGCAUCUUUAUUUGUUGAUCCGCGCAGAUGUAGAAUCAGAAAUUUCAAUCUCAGGAAAUGUCAGUUGAGUUUUUCAGUGCUGAAACUACUCCUUGGAAAACACAGAGUUGAGAAACUAGACUUAACUGAAACAAAAAAGUUCUCCUCGUCUUUAUUUUUUCAACUGCUGAAUGGAAUGUCAUUGACAGUAAGGGAGUUAAAUUUGAGUUGCACAUCAUUUGUCUUGGACUUUGCUGCCAUGAAGCCACUAAACUGUUUGACUCAUUUGGAUGUGAGCCAUUGCACUCCUAUAAACGACCACUUGAUGUCGGUUGCUGCACAGAAUAUGGAUUGUUUACAACACAUUAAUAUCUCUAACACUGCAAUAAGACAUGUCUCUUCAUUUGGGAAACUAAGAGGUCAACUGAAAACAUUAAUCGCUUUUAACACACCAGUAGCAUGGACAAGACCUGCUGAGUUUAAGGACUUUACAUUAUUGCAGAAGCUUGAUAUUUCAAGAAGUUUUGUGAAUGAUUUGCACUACGAUGAGACAAUCGAGUCUGUGAAAUUUGAUGAAAUGCUUACAGACCAAUGUAUGAUGCCAAAACUGGUUUCUCUGGAUGUUUCAGGUCUUUCCACAAUAACAGCAGAUGCUUUGCAGUCAUUUCUUUGUUCUCAUCCUAAACUUGAGUUCCUUGGCCUUUGCUAUAUGCCACCAAAUUUACAAGAACAACUGGAAAGAAUUUCUCCUCUUAUUAAGAUUACAGGUAGAGCUACUGAAAAACAGAUCCUUUAUUCAUUGCAAAUGUACCCAGACAGAGCUGAUUACAUGAAAGAAGCUCUGCUUGGAUUGUUUCGCAUCAGCAAUGAUUGGACAGCAAGAAAACCACAUUUUCUCGAGCUUGUUCUCACUCCAAUGGAAAAACAUCUGGAUGUUGUCAUCAUUCAAAGAGUAGCUACAGCUUGCGUAUAUAACAUUCUCAUAGCAAGAGGAGGGGAAGCAGACCCAGAAGUGCAUCCUCAUUUGUUAAGUAAAGUUGCAUCUUUGGUUCUAUCAGCAAUGAGAACCUUUCCAGAAGAGCAUCCGCUUAUGCGGAACUGUAUGUUCAUUUUGAGGUCAAAACAAGUUGUCACAAAAGCAACAUUCAACUAUUUUGAAGCAUCAUGCUUGGCUAUGGAUGCUCUGCGUAAUUUCCAUGGUAACCAGGAUAUUUCUCCGCUGGCUAUACAGCUAUGUGGAUUACUGUGUCGUAAGCUGACUGAGCAAGAAAAACUUGCUCUUGGCUCAGAGAAAAACAUUAUGACCGUGUUUUAUAUUAUUCAAGAAAAGAUCAGUGCAAGGCAGGAGGAUCUCACAUUGAGUGCAGCACUUACUGUUCUAUGGAACUUAACUGAUGAGAUACCCAGCACUUGCUCUCUGUUUGUUGAGAAAGGAGGUUUCAAACUGAUGGUGCAAGGCCUGAGGGUGUUCAGAGAAGGAAGCAAUGUCAAUAUCAAAAAGAAGUUUCUUAUAGCACUGAACAUUAUAGCUGAGAUUCCAAAUCUGAGGCACUUACUCAUCACAGAUGAAUUGAUGAAUCUUACUGGGUCUCUCCUGGAUGAUGGGCUUCUCCAGUUGUCCUAUUUUUGUGGUGGAAUUUUGUCCAACAUUAUGCUGGAGUGGUCUGAUGAUAGAAAGCUACAGUCAUACAGCAAACAGUUUUUACUUGAUAAGCUGGAACAAGCUGUGAACCGAUGGGAAUUUCCUGCAGACCAGUUUGUUACUUAUAAGUCGUUCAGAUCUUUUGUCCCACUCCUCCUGUGCACUAUGCCUGCUGUACAGAUGUGGGCUUUGUGGGGAAUCAGAAAUGUCUGCACCAGUGACAUGCAACAUUAUGCCCCUCUUCUCUUUGAUGUUGGAAUCCUGGAUAUUUUUCAGAGAGUUUUAACAACAUCACAUAAUGGAGUCAGAGAGCUGGCACAGAGGCUUUUAAAUACUGUGGCCAACUUUAAGCCAAGUUAGAAAAAGAAUAACUCUCAACUCUUUUGAAGAGACUCUCAAUGA